CUUCGGUGGCAUAGAAUUGAUCGGAUCGGAUCGGAUCAAAUCAUAUCGUUGGUUAGAUUGGCAUCCAUAGAAUGAAUAUUUUGAGUCUCGGGCGUUCACUAGCGUCGUUCAUUGUUGUGUACGGCGGUAUAGAUUUGGUAGCUGUGCACGCAUUCGCGCCAUUGCGAAGUCUAUCCGCCGAUGGCUUGCCGAGACGGAGGUUAACUUCGAGAUUUUCCGCUGGCGUCGACUUGAAACAGAACGAGGAUCUCCAAAAGUAUUUCCAAGCCGCCGAAGAGCGAUCGCUGGCACAAUUUGCCCGAGAUGACGCACCGGCUUGGUUGCAAACGAUAGCGUCCUUGCCCUUUGAAUGCACUGCAUGCGGAAAAUGCUGCAAGACGAUCGGGAGUGUCUACUUAUCUUCCGAGGAAACUUGGCAGGCAGCAGAGCUGAUGAACAUAUCAAGUACUGAAUUCAUUGAAGCGUACGCGUCUGAUAUAAUCAGAGACAGCGCCGAAGCGUCCAACACUUGGGUCCGGCUAAAGGAAAAGGAAGUGCUAAAGGGAACAGAUCAUUCUCCUGCCUGUAUCUUUCUGAAUUCAGACACCAAUCAAUGUCAAAUAUACGAAGCACGCCCGACUCAAUGUCGCACGUAUCCCUUUUGGCCCAACCUGUUGGCGAGUCCAGACGCGUGGGAUGCUGAAGUUCGUCGAAUGGAUCAUGACAGCGAAAGCACAUUGCUGGAAUGGACUCCCGAUGCUGGUGGAUGCGAGGGAAUGAUGAUUCUCGAUCAGAAUAGCACCACACUUGGUGUGCCUAUGAAGGAUGUCUAUCGCCAACUACGCGAGUACAGACAGCAAGAUCGCUACUUUCCGACAGGUGAUAAGAAGGCCGACACGGAGAGAUAGGAUUUCCGUUUAAAUGUUCUGAGACAGAUUGCCUCUGUCAUAUAGUUGCGUAGUCGGCCAAACCACUAGAGGUGACGAAACGGAUUCUGAAUAAAAUUGCGCUGGGACAUGCAGAGACACUACAUUGCAUUGCGUGUCUGUAACUCUUAAAACCAAAACUGUAUGAGG